AUUUUCUACGAUGAAAUGUUCAACUCUUGCAAUAUUCGUGACGGGAUGUAGUCUCUGCAUUUCUGAAAAAUCGGAAGAAUCGUCACCGAGAGUAAACACACCCUUGGGAACGAUCGAAGGUUUUUACAACACCUCGAGCAGCGAUAAAAAAUACGAAGCUUACCAAGGUAUACCCUACGCCACACCACCGAUCGGAGAGUUGAGAUUUGAACUUCCCGUACCGAUAUCUCCAUGGAACGGAGUUCUGAUGGCGAAGAAAUUCGGCUCGUCGUGUAUACAAUACGGCGCUGUGGCGUCGAUGCAGAACACCGGGAACAGCGUGAGCGACUCCGAGGAUUGCCUUUACUUGAACAUUUACACACCAUUGCGGCGAAACGAGGAAGAUAGAAGACCCAAGAAAUCCGUGCCAGUUAUAUUUUACAUUCAUGGCGGUGCAUUCAGAGCUGGAAGUGGAAUGUAUUACGGGCCAAAGUACUUGCUCAACGAGGACGUGAUCCUCGUCACCUUCAAUUACAGACUUGGACCUCUUGGUUUUCUCAGCACGGAGGACGACACGGUCCCCGGAAAUAUGGGACUCAAGGAUCAAGUGGUCGCGUUGCGCUGGAUCCAUGAUAACAUUGGAUCGUUUGGUGGUGAUCCGAAGCAGGUUACGAUCGUUGGUCAGAGCGCCGGUGGUGCGGCAGUGCAAUACCACUUCCUGACUAACAUCACGUCAGGUCUAUUCCGAGGUGGAAUGUCGAUAAGUGGGACCGCGCUGAACUGUUGGACCCAGACCGAAGCUGCUCUGUACAAAGCGAAGAAACUUUCCGCCAUCGUUGGCUGUCCGUAUGAAAAUGUGAAAAGCAUGGUUGAUUGCUUGAAAACGCGAGACGCGCAUGAGAUCGUUAAAGCAUCUGGAACGUUCUCGCCCUGGUUGUACAAUCCGAUAUCCCCGUUUGGACCAGUAGUUGAGAAGGGUGGUGGUGAGUUCACGAUGAUCGAUCGACCACCGAUUGAUUCGAUAAUUUCUGGUAGAGUUCAGGAUCUACCGUGGAUGACGAGUAUCGUGAGUCAGGACGGGCUGUUCCCGGCUGCCGAAUUCGUAGCAAAUGCAACACGCUUGGCGGACUUGAACCAAAAUUGGAUGCGCAUAGGACCCGAGUUGCUCGACUACAUAUUUACGAUACCGGAAAUGGAGCAGCCGAAGGUGUCUGGGAGGGUGAGGUAUCAUUACUUGGAAAAUCGUCCGAUCGACAACUCGACGGUAAAGCAAAUGAUCCAGAUGGUGACGGAUCGUUUGUUCGGCUACAGUGCCGAAAAGGCGGCGAGACUUCAGGCACGAGUAAUGCGGAACCCGGUGCUCUUUUACUAUUUCUCGUACAGAGGAGCCCACAGUUUUAGCGAAUACUUGAGUGGCAGUAAAGAAAACUUUGGCGUCAGUCACAUCGACGACAUUGCUUACGUUUUGGAUUCGUAUUUCGAUCCAACUACGACACAACGCGAUCGGGAAAUGCAGAAGAGGAUGAUCGGUAUAUGGAUAUCGUUUGCAACCGGUGGUAAGAUGCUGAAGACGGGUAUCAGGUGGCCCAGGACGAGCAGAUCAACCUUCAAGGAUUUCCGGUAUUUGCAUAUCGCGGGACCGAGACUAAGGGAAAUAACUACGGAUAGAAGCUGGAACUUUGGAGAUAAGAAAUUUUGGAAUAGUCUCGGAUUUCGUGAAAACAUCAUAGAUCCAUACGAGGACGAUGAAGACAUACUUUUCAAUUAUAUUUAAUUUUGAAUCGCUACACUGAAUGGUUUGGUCAAGUGUAGUGCAGUGUGCAUCGUCACCUGAUAAUCUCAGCUGUUCAAGAAAUUAAACUACAGUACAAUAAAUAGUACGACUUUGAA